AUGCCACCUUGUCCCUUUGUCGACGCCAGCCUGACAGGUGUUCUUGUGCCGCUCAGGGGCAGCACCAGUCAGGAUUCAGCAAACGCGAACGGGCUCGCGCUGUGUGGGGUUGACCCAGAGACGGCCAACGCCAUAGCCGCACAGGAUCCAUCGAGAUCCCCGCCAACGCCCAUGAUGACUAUGGGUAUUUUUUUUCCUUUGCCCGCUGCACCCGUUGUGCGAAGCCAUUACCAGACGCUGGGACUGAGCGUUGCAAAGAGACCCUUCCAACUCUUUUCCGACCCCUGGCCUCACCUUCGCACUCGCACUGAGAGCUUGCCUGGGCCAAACCACAAGAGUCUAGUCCGAGGCGUCUGCGAGGAAAGUGCCGGUGUCGCACUGGUGAGAGAUGACGAAGCAUACGAGAAACACCAAGCUCGUCGCGCCUAUCUUUGCACUUUGCAUGCAGCGUUGCGUUGCGGACCCCGAAUCUGGCUUGGCAUCCUCUCUCAGUACAGCUGCUUACUGCCUUGCACCGCAUUGUUUCGGUCACGGUACCAGGCUUACACCAUCCAUCCCGACUGUCUCUUCCUUCUCUUGCGUCAUCAUCAUGGUCUGGCAGGAAGCUGCCCAACACCAACGUCGGUUUCAGCCUCGCAGCUCGUGUUUCUUUUUUCAUCUUCUCGCAUAAUACCAGACGAACCCGGUCCGAAGCCAACCAUGGUCAAACAGGCCGCCUCGACCCUGCGUCGACAACUGCGUGUCUCAGCUGCUGUGCCUUUGUGCUGCGAUAAUGCGCCCCCGCUCAAUCGCCACGCUCACGCAAACGCCGUGCUACCAAUGGAUCCCUCGGAACCUCGACCCUGA